AUGGCGGGGCUGCAGGCGCUGGUACAGCGGGUGCUGAGCGCGCUGUUGUGGCGGGCACUGCAUGCACUGCUCUGCCCGCACCGUGUGCUCAUCUCGGCGCUGCGCGUGCGCUCGGGAGCCUGGAGCUGGGUCUGGUGGCUGCCCAAGCCUCUGGCGAACCGUGGGAACCCUAGUUGCAGUCUGCAGCCGCGCCUGUACCCGCACUCGCACCGGUACCCGCACGGGAACGCCGCGCUGCCUGCCAUGCAUCGCGGGCUGCGCUGGCGUGUGGACCGCUGGACCCUGAAUAAGCUGCCAGUGCACCUGGGUCUGCUGAUUACCGAGCUGGAGCAUAGCUUCUCCGACGUGGCGAGCAUCGUGGUCUGGUGCAUGGCCGUGGGGAUCUCCUACGUUAGCGUCUACGACCACCAAGGUAUUUUCAAGAGAAAUAAUUCCACACUGAUGGAGGAAAUUUUAAAACGACGACAGGAACUUUUCGGUUUAGAUUGUUCGAGAUACUCAGCAGAGCUGGCAGAGAGUAAUCACAAAGACGGUUUAGUUUUAAAUUGCCAGUCCACAGUGCAGGUGCUGUCCCCAGAAGACGGAAAAGCAGGUAUUGUGCGAGCUGCCCAGGACUUCUGCCUGCUGGUGGCACAGCGGCAACGGAUGGCUGCGGAUCUCAACGUGGACAUGUUUGACGGCUUGCUUCGACCCCAGGGCUUCCCGGAUCCAGAUUUAGUGCUGAAGUUUGGCUUUGUGGACAGCACGUUAGGCUUUCUCCCCUGGCAAAUCAGACUGACUGAGAUCAUCUCCUUGCCUUCUCACCGGAACCUCAGUUAUGAGGACUUCUUCUCCGCCCUUUGUCUGUAUGCAGCUAGUGAACCGCGUCUGGGAAAGUAG